GCUUCCUCUGCUAUUAAUUAGGUGCCACGAGGAAAAGCUUGGUAAAGAGUAAAGAAAGAGAGAAAAAAAUCACCAGUAAUGGCCCUAUCUGCCCCAACAAGUACGCUAUGAAGAUUCUGCAUACACCCUUCAGGGUAACAUGACACGAACCACUCUUCGUCCUCACUCUUCUUCACUACUACUCCACUCUCUUAUUCUUUCUCUUUCUCUCUUCUCUCACUGAACCCAAAACCCAAACCCAAACCCACCAAUUCAGAUCACAAUGAAGCCCAACGACAACAUGGCAAUGCUGGCCAAGACCGACUCCGAGGUUAGCAGCCUCACGCAGUCCUCGCCGACGCGAUCCCCGCGACGGGCAGUGUACUAUGUGCAGAGCCCGUCGCGAGACUCAUCGCACGACGGGGAGAAGACUACGAACUCGUUUCACUCGAGUCCGCUGCAGAGCCCAUUGGGCUCCCCGCCCCACUCCCACUCCAACUCCUCCUUGGGCCAUCACUCGCGCGAGUCCGCCUCCACGCGCUUCUCUGGCUCGCGCAAGAGCAGCUCCUCGGGCAACAACCGCAAGGGCCCGUGGCGGCCCUGGAAGGACCAGUUCCAUGCCAUCGAGGAGGAGGGCCUCAUCGAUGCUCACGACAAUGCCCGUGGCUUCCCUCGUUGCUGCUAUUUCCCAGCAUUUGUCAUCGGCUUCGUCCUCCUCUUCUCCGCAUUCUCCCUCAUUCUCUGGGGUGCUAGUCGCCCCCAAAAGCCCGCCAUUUCUCUCAAGAGUAUAACCUUUGAUCAAUUCGUGAUACAAGCCGGAGCGGACAUGUCAGGAGUUGCCACAAGUUUGGUGUCCAUGAAUUCAUCUGUGAAAAUGACGUUUCGUAACACCGCUACAUUUUUCGGGGUCCAUGUGACCUCAACUCCCGUGGAUCUCAAUUAUUAUCAACUUACUCUAGCCACUGGAACUAUGCCAAAGUUUUAUCAAUCUAGGAAGAGCCAAAGAUCUGUUAGAGUGAUGGUGAUUGGGAGUCAUAUACCACUGUACGGAGGAGGAGCAAACCUGAACAGUGUGAACGGUAAACCGGUUGAACCGGUGCCACUGACGUUGAGCGUGAUGGUGCGGUCUAGGGCUUAUGUUUUGGGCAAAUUGGUGAAGCCAAAGUUCUACAAGAAAAUAGAGUGUUCCAUCGUUAUGGAUCCGAAGAAGAUGGGCAAGGCCAUUUCACUGGUCAAGAAAUGCACUUACCAGUAAAGUCAGCUACAUGAUUAUUAUUAAUUAAUGAAAUCAAACAAUAAGGUAAAUUUAAGGGUAUGGUUGCAUUACACGAAAUUUCCAUGAAACAGCCGAAAGGGUAGUUUGGAUCUAGUCGGUGGCUCAAUUCCCAGCUCAAGAUAAAAUUAUUAUUUUUAAUUUUUAAUAUUUUUCUUACUAUCUCAGUUUCUCUUUCCUUUUUUUCCUAUCUAAUGUAUCCCGGAGUACGUAGUUGCGGUAGUCAAGACAAGAAAUAAAAUAUUGAAUUUGGGAAUUGUAUUGUAUCCCAACCCAAAGAGAGAGUAGAUUGUUGGGUCAAAUAAUAGAAUACAAUAUGCUUUAUUGUUUUACUAUCUAUAUAAAAUUCAUUUGAUGUUA